UGACCCUAAUCUGACCAAUCAGGGACCAGAAUGUAGUUGUAUUUUUCCCAACAUUUUUGUUGGCGUAGUUUGAAGCCAUCAUUGUUUUCGAGUUCGGUAUUUUUAAUAAUCCCGAAUUCAUCAUGAGCUUUGCGAUCCGAACGCUUUUGUAUGAUUAAAUUCAAAUUAUAUAUGAAUUAUGUCGCUUAAACCAACGUUUAAUUGAUUCACGUGUAUGUGGUAAUUGUUUGUAAACAUAUUCAAUGCGAGAAUAGAGGAAACCUAGUGUAUCCCUCAACGGUUUCAUGUUAUAAGACUCAUUUGUGAUAAAUUUGUCGGCAAGAGCUAAAGGACACAGAUUUCAUGAAGGUACAACUGUCUGCCAAUAAUCGUGUUAAUGUUGACAGCCAGAGAACACAGUAAUUUUGAAUUACAUCGCGUUUUUCAAAAUUCCCAUUCUGUAUUGAGGCAUUGUACCUUAUUAUGAAACAUUGUGCCAUAAUAUGAGUAAAACUGAAAUGCAGCAAAUGGGCGAUUCUUCUGCUCAGAACGAUGCUGACGUAGCGAAUUCUACCGGCGCGAAUAGACCGGUAGGCGCAAAUGAUCAGAAAUCUGAGGAACCGCCGCCUCGAGAUGAGCCGCAUAUAGAACCCGUCAAUGGCAUCGUUCAACCACCUGUAAUCCCGCCUCCUCAUCGACCUGGUCGUAAUACUAACCAGUUACAAUAUAUUUUGAGAAAUGUUUGGAAACCUGUCCAUAAACAUAAUUUUGCAUGGCCAUUUCAUCAACCUGUGGAUGCGAUCAAGUUGAAUUUACCGGAUUACCAUAAAGUUAUAAAAUACCCGAUGGAUUUGAGUACAAUAUCCAAAAGACUAGAAAAUAAUUAUUACUGGAAUGCUAAAGAAUGUAUACACGAUUUCAAUACGAUGUUCACGAAUUGUUACGUUUAUAAUAAGCCGGGAGAAGAUGUAGUUGUUAUGGCACAAGCUUUAGAAAAACUGUUUCUUACCAAGGUUGCUAGUAUGCCUAAAGAAGAGAUUGAAAUCGAGGCUCCUCCUCCAAAAGGAUCAAAAUUGACUUCGUCCGCUAAAAAGAAAGUUGCCGGUCCUAGUAUGGUGCCCAAUAGAAUUAAACCGGUCAAUAGUACCGCAGCUGUGACGCCAGUUACUCCUACAACCACACCAACGUCCAUACCAGGUUCCACUGCUACAACCACCGUACCUUUACCAGUAGCUCAACACAAUUCAUUACCACACCAAGUAUCAACUCCAUUAUCUGCAUCAUAUUUAGCGCAACCGCCUAACGUUAAUAUGAGCGUGGGUUCGACUACACCUUCCAAAAUGAAAAAAGCCGUCAAAAGACGGGCCGAUACGAGUCCUGGUGGUAGUAGUGAGUCUGCAGAUCCAUUGUACACACCGGCAACGUCGAAUGCAAAAUUAGCUUCUAGAAGAGAAUCCCGUAGAACUGUUAAAAAGCCUGUAAGAACAGUCGAUGAAGAUAUUUAUUCUCAGCCGCCUGGUGCUCCCGGCAAUGCUAUCCAACCUGUUGAUAAGAGCAAAGAGAAAUUAUCGAGUGCUAUGAAAGCAUGUAGAGAAAUUUUACAGGAUAUUUUUUCUCAAAAGCAUUCUGGAUACGCUUGGCCAUUUUAUCGUCCUGUUGACGCCGAAUUGCUAGGAUUGACUGAUUAUUAUGAAAUUAUUAAACAUCCUAUGGAUUUCGGUACUGUCAAGAAAAAAAUGGACAAACGGGAAUAUAGAAAUAUUCAUGAGUUUGCUAAUGAUGUCAGAUUAAUUUUUUCCAAUUGUUAUAAGUAUAAUCCAAAGGAUCACGAUGUGGUCUUGAUGGCGAAAAAAGUUCAAAAAGUUUUCGACUCAAGUUUUGCUAAAAUACUCGCCAAAUAUCCUGAAACGGUACCAUCUCAUCAUCCUGCCAACGUAUCGUCUGUCGGCGCUGCAGUCGAAGAAGACGGUGAAAAGUCGUCAUCUAGUUCCUCAGAAUCUUCCUCUGCUUCUUCCUCUGAAUCGGUAGACUCUGAAGAGGACGAACGAUCUCGUAAAUUACUUAACCUACAAGAACAGUUGAGAAAUAUCCAAGAGCAAAUAGCGAAACUGGUGCAAGACGGCCGAAAAAAGAAAAGAAAGAAAAAAGAAUCGUCAAAUAGUAAUGUUAACAAUAAGAAAAACAAAAAAAUGAAUGCAGAGAAGAACGGUAAACAUAUGAGUAACAGUUUAUUCGCCAACGACACGAUGAACGCCAAUCUGUCAAGUAUAAACGCCGGUCCGAUGGAUACCAAGCCAGAAAUGAAUAGUAUAAAGAAUCAACCUGUACAGAAAUCUUCGACAAACGUGAUAACGUCGACGCCGCUCGCAGCCGGUAAAAACGCCAAAGGUAAAGCCGGCGGCGGUGUAAGAGGCGCAGCCAAAGCUGCGGCGUCCAAUGCUCAAUCAAAAAAACCACGUACAAAUUCUAAAGCAACGAAUUCAAAGAAGAAAAAUUCACUUCCUCCUACCGGAUUCGAUUCGGAAGACGAAGAUAAUGCUAGACCGAUGUCGUACGACGAGAAAAGACAAUUAAGCUUAGAUAUUAAUAAACUUCCAGGCGAUAAAUUAGGCCGCGUUGUACACAUUAUACAAUCGAGAGAGCCGUCGUUGCGCGAUUCGAAUCCAGAUGAAAUCGAAAUCGAUUUCGAAACUUUGAAACCAUCAACGUUGAGAGAGCUGGAAUCCUACGUUGCAUCGUGUUUACGAAAAAAGCCUCGAAAACCGUAUAGUAAAAAAGUCCCUCCAAAAUCAAAAGACGAACAAAACACUGAUACGAAGCCAAAUGUUGACAAGAAAGUUCAAAACGUUGCCGGCGGCGUCACGACGUCGAAUAAGAAACAGGCGAAAAAAGAUAAUAAAGAGGCUGUGAGCGGGCCUUCUAGACUAUCGGCAUCGAGUUCGAGUAGUUCUGAUACUGAUUCUAGUUCUUCCAGUUUAACCAGCAGUUCUUCAGAUUCGAGCGACUCAGAAACUGGUGGCGAAAAUAAAAAAAGUAAAAAGAAAAAGAAAAAUAAUCAAAUAGGUAUUACCAUAAAUGCACCACCGCCGGUUCCUAUUGCUAACUCGACCGCUUCGAUAUCGGUGAUCGCACCAAAACCCGCCGCCUCAACUGUGAGUAAUGUACAGAAACUAGCAUUACCUCAAGCACCAGCUGCUACGACACAGAUGUCGAAAUUGACCGUGACUCCUGUAACCACCGCAGCGGCCAAGAAAUCCGUGAGUCAGACUAUACCGCCGACGCAGCAGACUCGUCCGCCUUUAGCCGUCAUUCCUGCAUCUGUUAAACCUGUUACCAUGUGUCCUCCGUCCACUUUACCAUCGUCAACUGUUAUAACGAAUUCAACUGAAACGACAUUGCCAACUGUGAUAAGUACGCCGGUUACCUCGGCACCUUCUCAAGAGAAAUUCAACCAGCCGAUACAAAUACCUCAGCAACCACCCAUUAUUCCUCCUUUAGUUCAAAACCUUCCUCCGACGAGCGUUGCGCCAAUUACGCCCACCUUAGCAGCCGCCAAAGAAACUGUGCCUGUGUUACCCUCUGUCUUCGAUCCAGUAUUGGAGAGUCCACCGCAGGUCGCUAUACCGCCGAUGAACAAUGUUCAAAAAUACAUCCCCGAUAAGCCCCCUGUUCCGGUUAUCGCAUCUUCGAAUAUGCAUUCCAUCGAUGAUAAAUUAGCCGCGUCGUUAUCUCCAAGUGCUGUAAAUGUUAAUUACAAUGCAAACGACGCGAACCGGAUGGCGAAUGCUGCAAUGAUGCAAUCAGCUAAAAAGCAAUCGGCACCAUAUCUACCUUAUAACAUCGCACCCGAAGUAUGUUAUCCGCAAAACUGCGCAUAUCCCCCGAAUGCUCACUCUUAUCACUGGGGGCCCAAUUUUGGAAAACUAGUACUAAAACUAGACGCGCAAGAUCAAAAGGUCAGUAACGCGAGCUCGUGGUCUUCGUUGGCUCAGGCUGCGCCUGCUAUAGGCACAACGGCACAACCGAUUCCGCAGACGCUGAAAUCAUCAACGGAUGACAGUUUCUUGGCGUUCAAAAAACAAGCUAAGGAAAACGCGAAAAAGCAAAGAGCAUUGAUCGAACAGCAAGAAAUGAGGAAGAUGCAACAUCAAAAAGAGCAAGCCGAAAAGGAGAGAUUGAGGCUUGAAAGUGAAAAGAGAAGAGAAGAAGAAGAAGCAGCUUUGGAUAAAGCUAGGAAAGGAAUUAAUGAGCAACAAUUACCUCCCGCAUCACAACUUCAAUCCAUGACUCACGCAGGUGCGCCUAUAUCACAAACUCAACAAUUAGCUCAGAUGUCUAAUCUGCAACCUACCCCGAAUAUGAAAUUGGAGGAGAAUAAAACCGCUGGAUUAUUGGAUGAUUCCAUCAAUAGUCCGAGCCAAGAUAAAAUAGCCGCCGAACGUGAACGACAAAGGAAACGGGAACAAGAAAGAAGACGACGGGAAGCGAUGGCGUUGAAAAUAGACAUGAACUUUCAAAGCGAUUGUAUGGCGGCAUUUGAACAAACAUUGGAUUGACAUCUUUCAUGGAGAGUCGAAGUGGGAAUUUUUGAACUACCUACCUAUCAAACAUGUACAUAUUUAUAUGUAAGAAACGGUCUUUACGCUUUCUAAAUUCAAAUAUACUGAAUAUUUGAAUUUUGAUUACAUAUAAGUUCACAAGAAUUAAUUAUUUAACUGAUGUAAUGUAAACAUAAUUGUAAUAAGAGUUUUUGUUCGGACGUAAAUGUUUUUUCUAAUUUAUAAUGUAAAAUAUUUAUAAUUUGUUUUUAUUCUGUGGCCUUUAAGACAGUUUGUAAGUGCAAUGUUAAUCUUAAAAACGAGAGGAAAAAACCUAUCUCGAGAGUAAUUUUUGCUUGAUAGUUUCUAAGUAUUAUUGUUCGGUCGUUGAUUUGUUUCGUUUGAAAGUAAGUUACUGGAAGUAAAUUCGUAAAAAAAAAUGAUAUUUUUGACGUGUUUCGUUACGAAGCAUUAUGGUUCAGUUUAUUCUAAGUGUGUAUUCGUUUCUUUCUUCUUUUUUUUACCAAGUUUUAAUUAUCGGAAAAAAUAUGAUUUUUAUACGUUGGUAUUUUCUUUUUUUUGCCCAUCUAUGGCGUUUCAUGGUGCAAAAUUUAUGUCUCAUAUUGAAGAGAAACAAUGAACCUUUGGGGUUGGUAAAUGCGUUUAUUUUUUCAAAUCGUAGAAUGAGCUACGAUUUUGAGUGUAAAAUGAAUUAUGAUUGUUUGUUUUGAACCAAAGAUUAUUGAGUAAUUUCUUUCUAUUAAGAUUAAAUUUUUUCAUGUUGGAAAGUGUAGUCAUCUGUGUAAAUUAUUGAGGAAUUGUUCACUAUGGAUUGUGUACCUAUCUACCUAUUUUGUCUUUGUUCUCGUUCGAAAGCUCAAGGUGUUAUUAGGUAUUAUAAAUGAAUUGAUUAACGAAUGAGCGAAAUGUAUAAUCGUAAAUCUAGUGAUUUACCGGAUUACAUUUGGAAUGCAUUUUGUACAUAGAAAAAAAUCUAUUAAAAUAGAUACUUUGGAUUUGUAUUUUAAAAUAUUUUAACCGUUUUACCUCGUACGAAAGCCUAUUUAUUUGUAUACAGUAAUAAAAAUUAUUGAAUUUUUAUCGUAUAUAACUGUUAACAUUUGUUUCAUGUUUGAAGUGUAAUUUAUUACACAUUUUGUUUCUUUAUUUUUCUUUUCAUUAAAUUUAUACUUAUUGUAAUGUAAAAUGUAUUGGUAUAUUUUUACUUUUUACCUUCAGUUUUUUUGUGUAUGUAAAAAAAAAUGGUGAACUUGAUUAGAAAUAAUCGUGCAAAAUUUUCGUUUUCAUUUGCACUUUUCACAUUGAUGAUUGAUUGCUAUUUGUUUUGUAAUAUCGAUAAGUUUUGAUACUAUAGGUGUACUUAAAAAUAGCUAAGUAAUUUGUUUUUUUCUCUUGUUUGAAAUUGGUAACACACGAUGAAUUGAUUACCUAUAAUAUUUAAAUUUCAACAUAAUAUUAUUUCACUUGGUACGCGUUGUACAGAAUUUAAAAACAUUGAGUAAUUAUUGGCGUGCUGGUUAAUACCAUGUGUUUUAUUAUUAUUUACCUAGGUACCUACAUUAUAUAUUUUUUUGCAGUCAUAUCAUUUAAAAAAUUUAACUUUUUGUAAGAUUUAUUUAUUUUAUUUUAUUACAAUAAAAACAAGUGUCAUUGAUUUGUUAAAUAUAAAAGUAAUUAUGGUUGUAUAUUUAAUGAGGUGGAAAUUUGGGAAUUUUCGAGUGACGAAAAUUCAUUUUGGUAAUUAAUGCCGACAAUCGUUUUCUAUUGCAUAUUCUCAUUUCAUUAUAAAAAAAUUACCAGGAAUACAACUCUCAUUUUAGAACAGCUGGUUUCUGUUUUAAGCAAAAGGUGAAAUGCUUUUCCUCGUUGGAAUUUCAUUUUGUAUCUCUCAAUUAAUUUUCGUAAUUUGUAGAGUAAUUUUCAACUUUUUACUAGUGUUAGGUUUAAGAGGUAAAUUUAAAAUAGAUGAAUUUUUUUUAUAAGUUUAAAAUACACAGCAUUACGUCAAUGUAAUUAUUUGUUUGUGCGAAUGAUGUAAAUAUCGUUGUUAUUAAUAAAAUUGUAUUAUUUUCUGCAAA